GACGCGGCCGCCGCUGCCGGGGCCACCGAGGGACCCCCCCGUGCCAUGAGCAGCAGCCAUGGGGGCCGCGGGGCUCUGCUCGCUGCUGCUGCUGCUGCUCUUGGGGGUCCCUGGGCGCCCCGAGGGCCCCCCCCCGCUCUGCGACCCCCGCGUGUUGGAAUGGUUCAUCCUGGAGGCGCGAGAUGCAGAGAGGGCGAUGGCUGGCUGCGGCCCCCCCUGCGAGCUGCCCGAGGCGGUGCCGGUGCCGUACCCAGGGGUGAACUUCAAUGAAUGGCCAAGGCUGGAGGCCGUGGCGCGCGCCCAGGACGUGCGUGAGGGCGUGGCCACGCUCGCGGCCGCGGUGCAGCGCGCGCGGGAGCUGGUGGCGGACCCGCGCCUGCGCCCCCUGCUGGAGCGCGCCAACAGCGCCGCGAGGGGCCUGGCGCGGCUGCUGCGGGACAUGACGGCAAAGGUGUCCCCCUCAGGCGCCCCCCCCCGGCAGUGGCAGGUCCGGAGCCUGCCCCGGCUCUUGGCCGUUCACAGCAGCUUCCUCCAUGGGAAGGUCCGGCUCUUCCUCAUGGACGCCUGUCGGCAGUGACCGACAGCAGCCAA